AUCAAUCAAUGAAGAAAUAUUCAAAGAAAAUUAUACUUAUAUCUCCACUUUUUCCAACAAAAUCUCAAUCCCUCACUCUCACUUCAACCACCAUGGCUCUUCCUCUACUCCUUCUUCUUCUUCUUCUUCUCAGCCCGUUCCGAAACGUUGUCGGAGUGGGCAUAAACUAUGGUACUCUAGGCAACAACCUUCCAUCACCAAAGAAAGUAGCUCAACUCCUUCAAUCCACACUCAUUGAUAAGGUCAAAAUCUAUGAUACCGACCCUGAAAUCCUCCAGGCCUUUGCCAACACCGGCAUAGACCUAAUUGUGGCCGUCGAAAACUACAACGUGGCAAACAUCAGCACCGACACCUCGUCAGCCGAUGAGUGGCUCUCCACGCGUGUCUUACCCUUCAUUCCUGCCACUUCCAUUGUCGCCAUUGCCGUAGGUAACGAGUAUUUAACAACUGAAAAACUAGACCCAAAAGCUUUAGUCCAAGCCAUGCAAAACCUGCAUGCAGCAUUGUUGAAACGUGGUCUUGAACGUAAAAUCAAGGUCUCAACACCGCAUAGUAUGGCUGUUCUUGCUGCUUCAUUUCCUCCCUCAGCUUCCACUUUUGCCACUGAUCUUGCCCCAACGAUGAGCUCUAUAUUAGGGUUUUUAGCUGACACUGGAACGCCGUUCAUGAUCAAUGCGUAUCCAUAUUUUGCUUACAGGGGAAACCCUAGUACGGUUGAUAUGGAGUAUGCUUUACUAGGAAAUGCCUCUGGGGUAAAUGACCCUAAAGGGUUCGUGUACACCAACAUGUUGGAUGCACAAAUUGACUCUGUUAGAUCUGCCAUUAAUGCCCUAGGGUUUGGUAAUGGGUCAAUAGAGAUUACUGUCUCUGAAUCUGGGUGGCCAUCCAAGGGUGAGCCUGGCGACAUGGCGGCCACUCCAGCAAAUGCAAAGACUUAUAAUACUAGGUUGAUACAACGUGCACAGUCAAGUAAAGGGACACCCAUGAGGCCAAAGGACAAGAUAGAUAUAUUUGUGUUUGCAUUGUUUAAUGAGAACAAGAAAGAAGGGGAUGUUACCGAGAGGAAUUUUGGGAUUUUUAAUGGGGAUGGAUCUAAGGUUUAUGAGGUGGAUUUGAGUUGUCAGUUUUGCAGUAAUGGAGGGUCAUUCGAGAAAAUGUCAAGUGGAGCUGCGAGAGGACCGUCUGUUUGGUGCGUGGCUAAACCACAUGCAGAUGAAAAAGUUCUUCAAACUGUUUUGGAUUUUUGCUGUGGAGCUGGUGGUGUUGAUUGCAGAGAAACUUAUAAGAGUGGUGAUUGUUUUGAGCCUGAAAAGCUUCAUGCACAUGCAUCAUACGCCAUGAAUGCUUACUAUCAGAUGCAUGGAAGGAACUACUGGAACUGUGAUUUCAAGGGCACUGGCCUUGUUACCUUCAGUGAUCCAAGUUAUGGCACGUGCCGGUAUCCUCAGCAGUGAUUCAGAAAGCAGGGAUGUGGUUGACAGCUCCUUUGUACCGUUUCUCUGUAUUUGAUACUUUCAACAGUUGCUUUGGUGUUAAUUGUUUGUAUGUGUGACAAAAUGGGUUGAGCACCGAAAAGCUUUAUAAAAGAUCAGAUUAGCUGUAUGAAGCUUUUGAAA